CCUGUAUCUAUUCCAUUUUUGUUGCCAUAUGACCCUUCAGACAUUCCAGAACCGCCACGACCUUUGUCUCCCAUUUCUAAUAGGGCCGCUUCCAGCUCGAGUCCAGUUGAUGAUGAAAGACGUGAGUAAUUAUUUGACAUCGUAGGAAUCGCGGAAACUCAUCUUCCUCAUCAGCCCCGAACCCCACUUCAGAUCCGACCUCUCGUCUAAGUCUGCCUUCCACUGAAUGGACUCGCUUCAGUGAUGGUUUCGACUUGACUUCCUCUCGGCUGUCCUCUUUAGAUCUUACCUUUGUAUUUCGGGAUAUCGAUGAAACCAGCGUGUCAGAAGAUACAUCAGGCUCUCGGAGAGAUCGUUCCAUGGAAGAGGACAGGCCCGCACUUGGACCACUCCUUGAUCGCGCUGCGUUACGCAGAGCUAUGAAUACGCGUUCAUCUCCAUCUCAAAGCCGUCGCCAAUCUGAAUCUGCAUAUUCAUAUCUAGAUCGCGCUUUGGAGAGAUGGUUUGAGGACCAGCCCUUGCCUUGGAAUGAAGAUGCUUUCCUGUCAGCAGCCGCCAGGGACCGAAGGUCUUCGGAAGAACGACCCUACUUGGAGCUGCUACCUCUUACCGACCCUCUCGAGAAUAAUUCAAGGUACAUAGAGCAGGGAUUAUUGGAUCCUCGAGAGACUGAAUCUGAUCAAGAGCGUGGCAGGCGCAGAAAUACCCAAAUGGGCCUUACUGGCUGGCCUGAUAUCGAUGAGCGCAUCUCAGAAACCGAGCAGAUAGACAGAACAAGAAGGCCUUCUCAUUCUCCCGUCAGACCUCGCUUAGUCACUACACACUCUGAAGAAUCUCUACGGUCAUUAGCAGGUCUUAGGCCUUCCUCUCGUUCGCAUUCUCCGUCUCCAGUCCUUCCAACACUCCGACGUCUUCGAACUAGAGCGUAUGGCUCGUACUCCAGACCCGGAUCAUCGACCUCUCUGAUAUCUGAGAAUGCCUCCGAGAUACGGAGACGUAACGCUUAUGCUGAAUUAAUGGAACGCCUUCAGAGCGAUGUACCUCGGCCCGAGCGAGAGCCCGACUCUGAUGAAGAAUGGCAAGACUUAGCAUUGCCGCCAGAGCAAGGCAGCUCCUCAAGCUCAAGGCGUGCAGAUGCCUUGUCUGAACUUUUUGAUCGGUCCGAGGCUCAUUCCAGCAGUCAGGAGGACCUCGCUUUCCAUUAUCCUGCUCGCCUUUUGCCGAGUUCCCCUUCAUCGGAACGUACAAGAGGCUUCACUGCUGAUGCGCUAAGAGAGAGACGUCUCGCCUAUCUUUUACGAAGAGGCUCCGAUUCAUCGCCUUAUACUAAUUCCUCGACAUCCAGGCCCUCUUCUUCUCACAGCCCGGUCCGGCGGUCGUCUAGCUUGAAUGAUCAUCCUUCGCGUCCAUCAGUCGAUGAGUAUCAGCGUCACGGCAGACCGGUCCCUCGUCCUUCCGAAAGCCACUUGUCGGUGGAUUUCUUCGACUCGCGGUCGUCGACAAUAUCUGACAUGGCGCGGGCCGUAGCUCGAAAUGGUCUACAGGAAAACUCUCCUUUCUACAAUGAAUCACUUCUUUCUCGGCAACCUUCUACGAACCCACCGUCAAUUCCACCGCCAGACCUUGGCGCCAUCUUCAUCCCGCACACCGCAGACUCUACUGAACCAGAAUCCUAUGGCUUACCUCCUUUACCACCUGUUGACCCCACAGUUUCUGAACUUUUGAACUAUGACAGAACAGUGUUUCCUGAACGCUGUCCACCUGCGCCGACUCCAUCAAGACAGAGUACUGCUGCUCUCCGCCCGGACACUAUAAGUAUUGAUCCCAAUGCGUUUGCCCCUGGGCCAUUUCGCAAUACGAUGAUAUGGCAGGCUGACAGGAUCAGAGCGAGACAGCAGAGCGAGACUUCGCGUCCGCCGUCCAUACCUCCGCUUCCAUUUGAGGAAAAUUUUCCUCCUUCAAGAUUAAGAAUGGAGGAGAGGUCACAUACUACGGAUCGUUUGUCCCGUAAUCCUCCUGAACAUACUAUAGGCGAUCGGAUACCUUCGCGCAGGUCCAACAUUGUCUAUGGAAGGACUGCCCCUGACAGUACCGCUCCUCGACCUGUUUAUUCAAGGCGCACGAUAGACGAAGACCCUCUUCGUCGUUCAUCGUCAGAUAUACACAAUUAUCUUAGCCGUCGAGCGCGAAUGGAGGCUUCUAGACUGGAACAGACGGCUGCCACGUCCACCACCUCGGGGGCCGACACGGAUGGAUUCUCUCACGCUUUGGAGGUGCUUCGUCAUGAUGGACUGUCCUCGGUGCGGUCGAGGCAGCUGAUUGACCAGUAUCAUGAGCAGGAGAGGGAGAGGGAGCGUAAUGAUACCGACCAGCGGCAGCAGCAACAACAAAGACGCGAUGAAAGGAGGACGGCUACGAGUUCUGGCUUCAGAGCUUGGGGUGACCUUGACGAUGCGAGGGUUAUUGUUUGCAGCCGAAGUGCCUCGCGCCCACCGUCAUUCUCGGUUCGGCGACGGCCUUCUCCUCCGCAACCGACUGGAUCAAGACCAU